UUUCGUCCGGCAGGAAAUGGAUGCUUAUAGAUUGUACACGGUGGUUCCGUAUCUCCUAAAAUUUCUUGAUAAUUUAACGAAUAUCUAUGUGCGGUUCAAUCGGAAGAGGCUAAAAGGCCGUACUGGUGAGGGGGAUUGCAGAACUGCUCUUUCAACUCUGUACUAUGUGCUUUUGACUUCAUGUAAAGCAAUGGCACCGUUAACUCCUUUUUUCACUGAGGUUCUUUACCAAAACUUGCGGAAAGUUUGCAAAGGAUCAGAGGAGAGCAUUCACUAUUGCAGCUAUCCUGAAGUGGAAGGAAAGAGGUGGGAGCGUAUUGAGCAGAGUGUUAAUAGGAUGAUGACAAUUAUUGACCUUGCACGGAAUAUUCGUGAGCGUCACAAUAAGCCUCUUAAAACCCCGCUCAGGGAAAUGGUGGUUGUACAUCCAGAUUCAGAAUUCCUUGAUGAUAUUGCGGGCAAACUUAGAGAGUUUGUGCUCGAGGAGCUAAACAUUAAGUCUUUGGUCCCAUGCAAUGACACGUUGAAGUAUGCUUCUUUGCGCGCAGAGCCAGAUUUCAGUGUGUUAGGAAAAAGGCUGGGAAAGUCGAUGGGAGUUGUUUCCAAGGAAGUUAAGGCCAUGUCAACAGAAGAUAUUAUUGCUUUUGAGAAAGCGGGAGAAAUUACUGUCGCUUCACACACUUUGAAGCUUAGUGAUAUCAAGAUUGUUCGGGGUUUCAAGCGUCCUGAUAAUAGGAAAGAGAAUGAAAUGGAUGCGGCAGGGGACGGUGAUGUUUUAGUGAUACUGGAUUUGCGUACUGAUGAUUCACUGUUUGAGGCUGGAGUUGCUCGGGAGGUUGUGAAUAGGAUACAGAAACUGAGAAAGAAAGCCGCGCUUGAACCCACUGACUUGGUAGAGGUCUUCUUCAAAUCUUUGGACGAGGAUAAAACAGUCUCUCAGCAGAUUUUGGAGUCCCAGGAAUCAUAUAUUAGAGAUGCCCUUGGGUCUCCUUUGCUUCCUGCCGACCUGAUCCCAUCACAUGCAAUGACAAUUGAUGAAGAGAGUUUCCAUGGAAUCUCCAGCUUGUCGUUUGUGAUUACGUUAGCAAGACCAAGUCUAGUGUUUAAUUCAGAUGCCAUCACUGCUUUAUAUGGAGGAAACACACAGUAUUCUCAAGGCUUACAAACAUACCUGCUGAUGAGGGAUCACCAUAACUUGAAGUCAGAGUUUCAACAAGGAAAGGGCAAGAUAACAGUAAAGUGCAUUGAGAAUCAGCCUCCAGUUGAGGUGUUUCUGGGAAAGCAUGUCUUCUUGAGUGUUGGAGAUUAUUUCUUGAACAGGAAAUCACAGUAACAGAGACCAAUACUCGGCCAAAAUAAUUUUUGACAAGAAAUCCAAAGUUACAAGUCUUCCCAAUUUUUUUAAAUUAUUGUGUAUUUGCCUCAUCCCUGCACACUUCUAUUGCGACAGAUCUGUAUUGUAAUUGCCUUCUUGGCCAUUUUAACACGGAGUAGUGUUACGUGAAUAACAAUUUUGAUUAAUUGUCUUCUGGUUGUGGUGUUAACAAAUAGUA